UAGUAAUUUGCCGAACAGCAAUGUAAUAUAAAGAAAGUGAGAUGGCUGAAGCCUCGAGUCAAAGUAUACAACAGCAACAGGAGACGUCCAAAGAGUUAUUAGCUGAUGCUUUUGUACCAGUCCAGUCUACCGACUUGACAUACCACAAACUGAUGGGUACAGGAGGCUUUGGAAAGGUUUACCACGCUCAUCACAAACACUGGGGGGAUGUUGCAGUGAAAAAAGUUCUGGAAGUGGAGGUUCCUGAAAAGGUUAUAAUAGGCUUGAAAAGUGAAGCUAAAAAGUUAUGGAGAGUCAGGCAUCCUAAUAUAGUCCAACUAUUUGGUGUUGUCAUGGAGACUAAAGAAUAUGCAUUGGUAAUGGAGUACAUGUGCCACGGAUCCCUAUCUGACUUUGUACAUGACCUUGAAGUGCCUUUCCCUCUCCAAGUCCAGAUGAUCUACCAGAUAAUCCUUGCAAUGAAUUACAUCCACACUUGCAACCCAGCCAUGCUGCAUCUGGAUCUUAAAGCACAGAAUGUCCUGGUAGAUGAGAAUUUUAAUGUAAAGCUGUGUGACUUUGGAUUGGCUCAGUGGCGCUCAUGUUCAAGGCUAGGCAUGAGUAAGAGAGAGGGAGAACAUGCAGGAACAAUCACUCAUGUGCCCCCAGAACAAUGGAAAGAUAUGAACCGUGAGCCAAAUGUUAAGUUUGAUGUUUAUGCCUUUGGUAUUGUUGUCUGGGAAAUCCUGGCCAAGGAAAUGCCUUACAUAAAUAAUAGGACAACAGUUAUCAAAGAAUGUGUGAGUGAUGGACAGAGACCUGAUAUGAAUAAAAUCCCUGACACAGAAGACUGGCUAAGGAAGAUCAUAACUGAUUCUUGGAGUCAAGAUCCAAACAAGCGGCCAACAUUUUCAGACCUAAAGGAGAGGGUGGACCCUAUCCAACAGGCCAAAAAAUGUCUGAUUCCCGCUGCUAAAAGACAGCUGUCACAGGGGCUUGCCAGUAGCUGUCAAGGUGACAUGCGCAAUUCCUUUUCAAGCACUGGGGAUCCAGACAUGACCGAGGUAAAAGAGAUAGCGGAUCCUAACCAGCAGUCUAAAAAAGGUCCGAUUUCAAGUCGGCUGCCAAAAGAUCCUGACAGUAGCUGUCAAGGUGACAUGCCCAAUCCCAGCAGAAGCAUUGAUGAACAAGGUGUGACUGAGAGAUUCCAUGUUUACCUGCUGCCUGCAACCAACUGUGCCACCUAUGGAGAGUGUCUGCUUCAGGUCACGUUGGAGAGGAUAAUAUUAUGGGAUGUAGAGAAUCCGAGGAAAAUUCUUGAAGAAUGGCCCAUCACUGCUCUGCGGAGAUACGGCACAGACACCAAUGAGUUUGCCUUUGAGGCAGGAAGACACUGCAAGACGGGAGAGGGUAUAUUUUUGAUAAGUACAGAUUUGAGUGAAGAAAUCUAUGCCAGGGUAAAUGAUGCCGCUUGUAGUAUUGCAUGUUCAGCAAGCAAUAGGAUAGAACUUUUAAUCCCAUGA